GGUUAAAACGUCGGAUCAUAUCUUUUUUGCAGUAUCUAAUUGCUCAUUCCGACUUCAAAUCAACUUUUCGAUAUGCAUGAUUGUUCUGCAGAGUCUCUGCCCAUAGGUUAUAAAUGGCGUUCGUCCAAAUUGUUCAUCCUCUCAACCAUCGCAAUCGCGUUAUUUGCUGAAACUUUCCUAUAUGGAUUUCUCGUUCCAAUUCUUGGGUAUAUGCUUCAGGAGCGGCUCCAUGUAGAUCAAUCUCAGAUCCAGAUAUUUACAUCUGCCGUACUUGCUCUCCACGGUGCGCUUGCCAUGGUGUCUAGUCCUAUAAUUGGACAUUUUGCCGAUGAGAACCCGAAACGCAAGUUCUGGCUGUUAUUUUCUCUUUUGUGGUGCAUCAUUGGCACUUGUAUAGUAGCCACCACUCAUUCAGUCGUUUUAUUAUUCAUAGGGCGCGCAAUGCAAGGAGUUGCUGGGUCCGCUGUGUGGAUCAUUGGCUUUGCAACAGUCGCAAGCAUCUACAAAGAGAAUGAGCGAGGUUUUGGAUUAGGUAUGAUGACAUCCUUUGCUAACACGGGGACAAUUGCCGGACCUGCUGUAUCUGGUUUACUUUUAGAGGUUGCAGGUUACUGGGUGACGUGGUCCGUUCCGCUCAUAAUCUUAACAAUUGACCUUCUGGCACGUGUGAUUAUGAUAGAGGCUUCGGAUAUAAUCACCCCUUUGUCUCCGGAUAGUGAUCCAGAGACAACAAGUUUACUUCCUGCAAGAGGAGACGAUCAAGAUUCAUCUGGUGCUGGGAGGUUCUGGAGAAUAAUGCUGAGUGACGGUCGUGUCGUUACCUGUCUAUUGAUGACGAUUACAAGUACAACUGUGAGCACAAGCUUUAAUGCUACUCUGCCUCUACAAGUCCAAGAGAUGUAUGGAUGGGACCCUACUAUUGUUGGACUGCUCUUUGUCGGUCUUGUAGUUCCCGGACUCCUCAUCGGCCCCAUAGCUGGCUGGGUUCGUGACCGGGUUGGAGCACGAAUUCCUGCAGUUGUUUGUUCUGUUACACAGGCCGUAUUUCUGGGCAUUUUAGGUAUUUCUGGCAGCCAAGCUGGAGGUGGCGCGCUCUACAUAGCGUCUAUUAUAAUCAUAGGUGGAUUGAGACCAUUUGUGUCUGGUAAUGCACCUGUUGAAUUGGUUGCUGCCGGAAAAGCACUCCAAGAAAAGAAUCCCGACGCUUUUGGGUCUCAGGGGUGUUUGUCACGCGUAUUCUCCAUGCUCGAUGCUGGUGCAUGUCUUGGGAUGAUGCUGGGCCCUAUCAUAGGCGGUUUUUUCAAAGAGCUGAUCGGCUACCGAUAUAUGAAUUGGAUUUGGAGCCUUUUGUAUCUCAUAAUUGCAGUUCUUGCCCUGUCCUUUCUUGAACAUAAAGAGAAAGAUGAAAGGCAUGGCUUUGAGGAAAGAAACUAGCAAAAGAAUAUCUACACUGGAAUAAGACGCGGGACAUCAAUCUGUACAGUAUAAGGUUAUGUGAAUAUAAGCUUUCUUGUUUUCUUUUUGGUUGGUGGUAGCUAGAGCCGGAGGACGUGAAGUUAGAGAUACUUUGAACUUAGCUUCAGGGUGACCCCACAAUGGUGAGGCUUAGCAAUAUAAACAAUUCAGGAUCCAGCCACAAUUUGACGAGAACACCGUCACAUAAGCUUGAAAUAUUUUCACCA